UUUUGUCCAAAGACUGAAUAUUAAUGUUUGUGCUAGGUAUCUUGCAUGAUGUAUAUUUAUUCAUGUAUGUAUGAUGCUUAUGUGACUAAUUGUGAGCUUUAUUAUUAUGAAUUCAGCAUCUUCUAUAUCUGCAAAUGUUAAUAACAUUCCUGUGCUUAAUGGCACAAACUUCAAGAAAUGGAAAGAGCACGUUAUAAUUGUGCUCGGGUGCAUGGAUUUAGACUUUGCAUUAAGGGAGGAUCGCCCUUCAGAUCUUACUAGUGCCAGCACUGCUGAGCAAAGGUCUACUAUGGAAAAAUGGGAGCGAUCCAAUCGCAUGAGUCUAAUGAUUAUGAAGCACUCAAUUCCAGAAGCAAUAAGGGGUGCAAUACCUGAGGAAACCCAAGCCAAGACAUUCUUGGACCAAAUAGCAAACCGAUUCGCUGCAAACGAAAAGGUUGAGACAAGCACUAUUCUUAGUAAGCUUGUCUCUAUGCGGUAUAAAGGGAAAGAGAAUAUCAGGGAGUACAUUAUGGAAAUGUCUAAUCUUGUGACGAGACUCAAGGCACUAAAGUUAGAGUUGUCGGAAGACAUACUCGUGCACUUGGUCUUGAUCUCUCUGCCUACACAAUUCAGUCCAUUCAAAAUCAGUUAUAAUACACAAAAGAAAAAAUGGACUUUGAAUGAGCUUAUUGCUCAAUGUGUGCAAGAGGAAGAGAGAUUGAAGCAAGAAAAGAUAGAAAGUGCUCACUUGGCUUCCACAUCUCAGGGAUUUGGUACCAACAAGAAAAGAAAGAGGGACAAUAAAGGAAAACAAACUGCAGUUUCUGGGACAUCAAAGCAAAAGGAGCAAAAGAAACAAGAUAAGGAGAUCACUUGUUUCUUUUGCAAGAAGGCUGGUCAUAUGAAGAAGACAUGUACCAAAUACGCUGCUUGGCGUGAAAAGAAAGGGUUGCCUAAGGAGCCGAAUGCCAACUGAUGGUGAAAGAUACAUCUAUGUGGGAAAUGGCAACAAGGCUGCAGUCAAGGCUAUUGGUCUUUUCAGAUUAUAGUUAGACUCUGGA